AAUAUCUAACUAGUGUAUUGCAUUUCAGCAUUAGGACACAGCGGCAUAUGGAGUAACAGAGAUUGAGAUUUCCAUAUACAUUGCCUUCAAAAUUAACCUUUUAGAGGAUGAAACUGAAUCCGUCACCAACCAAUAAGCAAGGACAACCAUACUGCUCCAUUCAAGUGACAACUGAAAAUGGAGCUCUUUGUAUCAUUAACCCUCUCUUCUUGCAUGAGCACGGUGAUAAAUGGCUUACGCAAUUUUCAGAGAUGAAGAGGAAUACUGUACAAUUGUAUUGUGAUCAGAAACCUGCAAUUAACCACGCUGCCAAAGGUCAUGAAAGAGGCAGUAAGACAGAAGAGCAGGUAGACACUGUUGCAAGACUGAACAUAGCUGAUGACCAUUUCGAUCCAAAACCUAGCGAAGAGACUCCGAAAGCUUCCUAUGAAAUUCAAGAGCCAUCAGAAACAGGUGAAAGUGCAGAAAGUUCGAAUAUGUCAGGCAUAAGACUAUCUAGGAGAGCACUAAAGUUAAGCAACAGAGGAUCUCAUAUGCCUAAUCAAGCCAAUUCCAAACACAAGAAGGGAAGUUCUCUUUUAUCGCAUAGAGUCUCAUGGAUUGAGCCGGAUCAACCUGCAGAAGCUUCCUUACAGAAAUCCAAUUCAGAAACUUCUCUUUAUUCCGCAGACAGCCUUCUACUCCCACCAUUGCCAGAGCUGGAUUCUGUUUCUGUCAGCAGCAUUGAGGAGGAGGUAGACUGCCACUCUUUGCCCUCUAAAAGGAAACACUCACAUGCGCUGGGAAACAUAGUUAGACAUAGCCUACUUGCUGUCAGUAAUGUUCUAACGGGACUCGUCUCACCAGAAAAGCACCUUGGAAACAGAAUACAACAACUGGCAGAAGACCAGUUAACAUAUUUGGGAGCUACAGUUCAAACAUUUAUUUGCAACAUUCACAAAGGACAUGGCCAACACCAGUCGAGUACUGCGAUGUUACAAGCCAUACGUCAACUGCUCACCGACCUCAAGGCCUUUCUUCUGGAGAACAAUGAAUUCUGUGAAGUUCUGGAACAUCAAGAUAUAGAUGAGUCCAAAAUUGCAUGCAUCAUUGAGACUUCUCUGUACAAGUGUGUGUUGAAACCUGUCCGAAGUGUUAUUUACUCCCAACUACUGGACUUCCACACAAAAGAUGGAUCCUUGACCAAACUAUUAGAGAACCAACAGAAGAUGAAAUCUGGAGAUUUAAGGGAACAGAAACCAAAAGCUGACCUACCAGGGCCUGCUACCAUGGAAAAGAUCAAGCAGAAAUUAUCCCUUAUUCAUAUGUCCUACUCUCCAGAGAAGAUGAUUGCACUUCUGCUGAAAGUCUGCAAACUCAUCUAUGAAUCCAUGGAAGCCUCAAGUGGAAAGAAAGAAGCUUUUGGCGCUGAUGACUUCCUGCCAGUUCUGAUCCAUGUCUUGAUUGAUUGCGAUCUUACUUCGCUGCAGCUGGAUGUGGAGUAUAUGAUGGAGCUUCUGGAUCCAUCUCAACUUCAGGGAGAAGGCGGUUACUAUCUGACUACAAUGUUUGGUGCCUUAUAUCACAUCAGCAGUUAUAAUACAGUAUCCAGACAUCUCAGUGUGGAGGCCCAAAAUUCUAUCCGCCAGUGGCAACGGAGACGAACUAUUCACCGUAAACAUACCAUUGGAAGACGUACCAAAAGGAUCAGCACGGAGCUGCCAAAUCCAAAACACUACACAAUCCUUAAGUGUAAAGAUGAGGAGGACAGUUCCAGUGUCUAAUUUUGUUUUAACAAGGAACUUCAAAACAAAUAGCAUAUUAUUGAGACUAACUUAAGUUAAGACACUGCUAAGACUACUGUCAGAAAAUAAAUUGAAGCCUAUUUAUUUUAUUUUAUU